AUGCCGAGCACCGUAUCUCCAAUCGAUAUUGCCACUAGCCGGCCUUCUUCAAGCUCGCCACGCCAGUCCAACCUGACAACUCAACUCCUGCAACCGCAAUCCGCUCAGCACCGCGAUAUGCCAGCUCCCGAGGAAAUUCCUCAGCGUGGCCGCCAGGAGUCGGUCGCCAUGCUCGGUACCACGCCGUACGGAGCACGAAAUAUUCCAAUGGCCGCUGGCCAGCGACGCGAGAGCCACCAAAUGGGAGGCAGCAUGAUGCAGGGUGGAACUUCAUGGGGAUCCUUCCGAAUGGGAAGUUUCAUCCGCGAUGAUAUUCUCAUGGCCGGCACAUCUCCCUACCAAUUCCAGUCGCCGUCGUUUCACUCGUCUUCGUAUCUGCCUAAAAUGGAGGCGACGUACAUGAAGGAUUACGUCUGCUGCGACAUUCAUCUCGAUUCAAUGCACGAGCUGUUACAGCAUUAUGAAGAGGCGCACGCCGCGCAGCCCACCCAGACGAUGGGUCGGACGCCCAAAGACCAGCAAUAUCCAACCAGCAGAGCAGUGAAUGCGAGCAGCACAGCCGAAGCGGUGCAGCAGCAAGCUCAAGCACACCAAGGGGUUAUGCAUCCGCACGCGCAAAUGCAUCAAUCGCAGCAGAUGCCUCCAACUGCCCAGUCGCCACUUUUCGGGGGCCAAAGCCAUGAUCAAAUGGGUACCUUUGAUACAUUGGACGAUAUGGACAUGGACGACAGCAUGUCCAACAAUCACAUGCCACAACCACAGGGAUCUCAGUUCCAGCCUCAACCACAAUUCGGCCGCCAGCAGCCUCGAGGACCGUCAGUCAAUGUCAACCUAGCGAAUGCUUUCCAGGGCCAAGGCCUCAACGCUGCCACUCCCACGACGCCACAUGCUAGCCAGCAAGGCAUGGGCUUCCAACACAAUCCUACCGUUUCGUCGGUGAACACACCUUCGUUGACAACACAAACUGCAUCCCAGCAGACCGCCACUCCAGAUCCGUCUCAACCAAACACUCCAGGCGAGCUUGACCCCGACUUCCUCGCCCAGAUGGGCGGCCUUAGCAAUGUGGAUUACAACCAACUACUAGCACAAGGAAAUCUUGACUUCAAUGGCCUCGGCGGCAUUGGCAACAUGAACAAUGGCGGAUCCGCUACAAUUGAUAACCCCGAAAAGCGUCUACUGAGCAAGCAAGGGUACGGCAACAAGGGGUUCCCCACCAACCCAGCCUUUGCAAACAGCAAUAGCGAGCUCGCAAAAAGAGUGCGCGAGAAUCAGUUGCUCAACGGCCUCGCUGGUGUCGGUGGAUUUGUURGCGAAGAGAUCAAGCCAUUCAAGUGCCCGGUGAUAGGCUGCGAGAAGGCCUACAAGAACCAAAAUGGCCUGAAAUACCACAAGCAGCACGGCCACCAGAAUCAGCAGCUCAAGGAGAACCCUGACGGUACUUUCUCCAUCGUUGACCCGACGACUUCAAUACCAUAUCCCGGGACGGUCGGCAUGGAGAAAGAAAAGCCAUACCGAUGCGAAGUCUGCGGAAAACGCUACAAGAACCUCAAUGGUCUCAAAUAUCAUCGACAACACAGCCCGCCUUGCAACCCAGAGCUCAAACUCAACAACGGAACGCUAUCUGGCGUGCCAAACAACCUGCAGAACUUGAACGCCAAUGUGGCCGGUGCAGGUCUAGUUGGCAUGGCUGAAGGCAUGGGCUAUUAG